AUGGAAAGUCACAGUCGUCGUCUUUAUCUUUGGGACCACGACUACCCUGAUGUGGUUUCAUUCAAGCUCGAAUAUGAACUGAAGCGUAUACGUAGCGAUCACCUGAAAUUGGAGACAAAGCGCUUCAACGAAGUUUUGGAGUUAAAGCAUAAACUGGAUAUGAUGCAGACGAGUCAACAGAUGCAGCCUCUUGCUUUGAAGACACAUUGUUACGACUUUUCAACAAAAACUGAAGGGAAUCUGUCGUCCUCUCCUACUUCUUUAUGGGAGGAAGCUCCUCGUCUAAUAAGUUGUAAUCGAGAAACAUUCAACGUCACGACACCUGAGGAGGAUCUUCUCGGUGCAGCAUUCACAUACUCUAAAAAGGCUCCCGCUCGCGCACGGAAAUACGAUCGUACUCCGCUCACCAAUUCUCCAGGUGAAAGGGAAAAGCGAAAAGUAAGAAAUGCUUAUGUUCGGAGGAUCAUUCCCGAUGGGAGACUUAAUUCAAAGUGA